GGAUUUAUUUCCCGUUUGAAGCCGUAGGGUGAAUAUUAUUGUAUACUCAUACCUUGUAAUUCAAGUCUGUACCAUAUAUAUCUGCCUUCCUUGUGAGAAGAAUAAUAUCAAGAAUUGAAAGCCCAAUAAGGCCUGAAUUAGCAAAGGGAUGGAUCGAACUCGAGCCACUGAUCAUGUGUUUCCCCUGCAUGUGUUGAUCCCUUUCUUUGUUAUUGCAGUAGAGGCAAGCAUUCAGGAAUAUGUCCCUAUGAAGAUUCUCAUGGAUGAGUGGAACAUAAGACCAACCAGUUGGGUGGGUUCAGAUCCUUGUGGUAAUGGCAGCUGGGAAGGUGUUACGUGCACAAAUUCGCAUGUAACCUCCAUAGCAUUGGCAGAUAUGGCUUUGACAGGUUCGGUUCCCAGCGAUAUCGAGCUGUUAUCUGAGCUUGAGGUUCUGAAUCUGUCUUUUAACAGGGGCCUGAAAGGACUGCUUCCGGCAUCAAUUGGAAAGUUGACCAAACUAGUAUACUUAAACCUGGUUGGUUGCAGUUUCUUCGGUCCAAUUCCAGACACUAUGGGAUCUCUAAAGCAGCUUUCUUAUCUAUCUUUGAAAAACAAUAGCUUCAGUGGCCGGAUUCCACCUUCCAUUGGUAAUAUGACCAAUCUUUCCUUUCUGGACCUUUCUGACAACCAACUUCAGGGACCAAUCCCAGUAUCUAACAGGACUGCACCCGGUCUUGAUAUGUUACAUAGGGCAAGGCACUUUCAUUUUCAAAAUAAUCAGCUCUCUGGUACAAUUCCUCCUCGACUUUUCAGUUCACAGAUGGCUCUGUUACAUGUGGUUUUUGACCGAAAUAAUCUAACUGGAGUCAUACCUUCCACACUCGGACAAGUGCAGACACUGCAGGCAGUAAUCCUUGAUAGGAAUUCCUUACAUGGGUCCGUUCCCUCAAGCCUCAACAAUCUAACAAAAUUGACCGAACUGCACUUGUCCAACAAUCAGCUGACUGGCACCAUGCCAAACCUUACUAGCUUGAAUGGCCUGAAGUAUGUGGAUAUGAGCAAUAAUACCUUUGAUGCAACAGAUGUUCCUACUUGGUUUUUGACAUUGCAGAAUUUGACAACAUUAAUGAUGGAGAACACGGGACUUCAGGGAGAAGUUCCUCCGGCCUUAUUCAGCCUUUCCAGUUUGGAGACGGUGUUACUGAGGAACAACAAGAUCAAUGGUUUAUUGGAUCUUGAAACCAUUUCUAGCAACCGUUUGCAGCUAAUUGAUCUGGAGAAGAACUUCAUUACCGACCUUACACGAAGUGAUGGAGGAUCCAACUAUACAUUGAUCCUCGUUGAUAAUCCAAUUUGUGAGGGAACAAACAUGGCAAAUAACUACUGCACUGUUUCUCCAACCAGUUCCCCAAUUUCGCCGCCACCAAGUAACUGUACGCAAGUUGCUUGUAGUCCAGGGCAGGUUUCUUCCCCCAACUGUAAAUGUGCAUAUCCCUACACAGGAACUCUAGACUUCAUAUUUGUUUCUUUCUCCAACUUGGGAAACUUCAUUUAUUUCACAGCUCUUCAGGAUCAUCUCCUAAAAACCCUUCAGUCCUAUAACCUUCCAGUGGAUUCAGUUGCUCUUAUUAAUCCUUCCUGGGACUCCUCUUUUCACCUUAAACUCUACAUACUAAUCUUCCCGGCUGGCCAAGACCACUUCAACAAAACUGGAUCUUCAGCCAUUGCGUCCAUGAUUAGCAACCAGACUCUGGCGGGUGCGCGUCCAAGUUUUUAUGGACCCUUCUCUUGUGUUUUCCCUUAUGACAACCCGAAUUCAGGAGGAUCAAGCAAGGGCUUGAUAAUUGGUGCAGCAGUUGGUGGUUCCACACUUGUGUUAUUGUUAGCCCUUCUAGGGUUUUAUGCUCUCCACCAAAAGAGACAAGCAGAUGAUCCAUGGAGAAGGUCAAUCCUUUUGACCAGGACUUAUAGCAGUGCUAAUUCUCCGGACCUAAAAGGAGCACGGUUGUUCUCUUUUGAAGAGCUUAGGAAAUACAGCAACGGUUUUUCAGACGCUAAUGAUGUUGGAUCUGGUGGUUAUGGAAAGGUGUAUCGAGGAGUUCUUCCUACGGGCCAAAUGGUUGCAAUUAAAAGAUCUAAAAGGGAAUCUAUGCAGGGAGGGCCUGAGUUUAAAGCUGAGGUUGAGCUUCUAUCAAGAGUACAUCAUAAGAAUCUUGUCAGCCUUGUUGGUUUUUGUUUGGAGCAAGGUGAACAAAUCUUGGUAUAUGAGUAUGUUCCGAAUGGCGAUUUAUUUGGAAUUCUUUCAGGGAAGUUUGGAAUCAGGCUGAACUGGAUGAGGAGACUUAAAGUAAUUCUUGGUGCAGCAAGAGGUCUGGCUUAUCUUCAUGAACACGCAAACCCUCCCAUUAUACACCGCGACAUUAAAUCAAGCAACAUAUUGCUCGAUAAAGAUUUAACAGCAAAAGUUGCUGAUUUCGGUCUCUCCAAGUCUAUGUCUGACAGUGAAACAGAUCACAUAAGUACUCAAGUUAAGGGGACAAUGGGCUACUUGGAUCCCGAGUAUUACAUGACUCAACAGUUGACAGAGAAAAGUGACGUUUAUAGCUUCGGCGUGGUAAUGUUGGAGCUGAUAACUGCUAGAAGGCCAAUAGAGCAAGGGAAGUAUAUAGUGAGAGUGGUGCAGAUGGCAAUGGAUAAGACAAAAUCUCUGUACAACCUUCAUCAAGUUCUUGACCCGGCUAUGGGUUCGGGAACAGAUCUGAAAGGUUUGGAAAUUUUUGUUGAUUUGGCGAUGCUGUGCGUAGAAGAGCAGCAGGAUAAACGCCCUAGAAUGGGGGAAGUGGUGAAAGAGAUCGAGAACAUAAUGCAGCUAGCUGGUUUGAACACUGGUGAUCAAUCAGCGUCCAGUUCACCAAGUUAUGACUACACAAGUGCCGAUGAUUUGCUGCCGUCCUCAAGGCAGUCAAGUUCUUGAUUAUAGUCCGAGAUUACAUAUCGGUUUAUGUUACCGCC